CGCUAUCAGUGUGAUGGGCUGCCCAGCCACUGAGGCUGUGGGUUAUCACUUGUAUCCUUGCCCAGCUCUGGGAAACGAGCCGCCGGCAGGUCUAGUUACUGAAUCACGGAGAGCUCAGGAUUCCUUAUUUUUAUUAUUAGAGGUAGUAAAUGGGGAGAUUCCUAGGUGUCUGCAGCCUUCUACCGCUGAAGAAAGUUAACUUUAUUUCGAUUUAUUGGCACUUGAAGGAGGAAGAGUCUGAAUUAAUGUCCCUUUGUAGGUUCACUAUGUUCACGUGUACUUUCUUACUUUUCAUCUUGUAAGGCAGACGUUGACCGCGUGUUGGUGAUGUCAAUGGUAGAUCGCUGGUCUCCUGUUAGGAGGGGGACGGAGACUCAGCAAGACGCUCCUCUGCUCCGUCACUUGCAAACAGCAACCUCUCAUCAUCCGAGCCAAGCAGGCGCUGGGCGCUCGUUUACACCGACGGACAGGCAGCCAUUGAGACAGACAGACAGGCAGAGGCUCCUGCCUUCGCGCAGCAGGUUUGGAAGCGAAGCCUGGGAAGAGUUCUGUUCAUCAGCCACCAAGAGAUACCCAUCAACAAAGACACAACUCUACUCUCUCCUGAUGCAAGCAAUGCUAUUUCUGCGGACCUGCACACUUCUGGCCCUGCUAAUGCUGUCAGGGGUCUUGUGUCUGGAGGAGCUCUCUCAGGAUGAAUUCCGUGUUCCUGAUGACGAGGGUCUGCUAGCAAUUAAAAUCCUAAACCGGAGGCCUCAGAUGACCAGAAGACUUCCUCCAGAGCAACUUAGCUUUUCACCUGGUGCAGGGUUUGGCACCCAAUACAGUAAAACCUUGCUGUCAAGAAAACGGACGCUCCAGCCUUCAGCUAUCAAAAGGACCCCUCAUGGCUCCCGCUUCUCUCUUUCCUUGGAUGUUCCCACCAAAAUUCUAAGCAUCCUUAUUGACUUGGCCAAAGCUAGGGACAUGAGGGCAAAGGCAGCUGCCAAUGCAGAACUCAUGGCCCGGAUUGGACGUAGAAAAUGAGGACCAUCUGAACAGGCCUCCCACCAAGACCUUCAGCCCUUCCGCUUCACUACUGCAGAACUGUAAAUACCAACUUAAAAUGCACAGUCCCAUCAACGACAGCAUUAACCAUUGCGAACAUCAGUUAGCUACUGACUUGUGACCUGGCUGCUCAGAGCCCUUCAGCAAAUGUAAUGUUGACAUUUUUUUUUCUCUGCCAAGCUCGGUAUUUUUUAUUUAGGAGCUUCUAAGUUCUAACUCACAUACACAUGAUGUGCAAAACCAAAAUGGGUCCAUUCCAAAUCUAAAACAUUUCCAGGGGUGUGGAUAGAAAAUGACACUUGUGUCCAGAUCCCCUCCAUCCUUUGCACACAUUAGGUAGGAUAUGACACACCUACUGGCU